AUGAUGAACCCCAACAUGCUGAGUGCAAAAUCAGCACUCAGUCCGGGCGAGCGUGCUGGGUUGAGCCGCUUGGCUCCCCGUCGUGUCGCCUCGCACUCUGCUCGAGUUGCCGGCGAUGCGACGAAGGCCGUGUACUCGGUGCUCCUGCUUGGCGGCUGCCGUGCCUUGCUACCAAAAGCAAGAAGCACUCGAGGCAGUUCGCGGACACUGGUGGCCGCGCAGGCCGCCGACGUUGCAGAGGCCGGCAAUUUCGUGGAGGACAUUGUCGUGGGAGACAUCGAAAAAGAGACGUAUGCAGGUCGGGUACAUACUCGCUUUCCUCCCGAGCCAAAUGGUUACUUGCACAUUGGUCAUGUCAAGUCGAUCUGCCUUAAUUUUGGCAUCGCACAGAAGUUUGAUGGCAAGUGCAACCUGAGAUUUGAUGACACGAACCCGGAAAGCGAGAAGCAGGAGUUCAUUGACAGCAUCCAGGAGGAUGUGAGGUGGAUGGGCUUUGCGUGGGAGGGCACUGAGCGCUAUGCUUCGGACUACUUUCCGCUGCUCUACUCCUGGGCAGAGGCUUUCAUCGAGCAAGGCUGGGCAUAUGUGGACGAGCUCAGUGCCGAGGAGAUCUCCGAAUACCGAGGCUCUGUGACGAGGCCAGGGAAGGACAGUCCCUAUCGGGAUCGACCGGCGGAGGAGAGCCUCCAGAUUUUCCGGCGGAUGCGGGCCGGCGAAAUGGAACAGGGUUCCGCAGUGCUGCGGGCGAAGAUUGACAUGGGACAUCCAAAUGUUAUUUUGCGGGAUCCCAUCAUGUAUCGGAUACUGCCCAACACCCCUCAUCCGCGAACUGGCAGCGAGUGGCCGAUCUACCCUUCCUACGACUGGGCUCACGGACUUUCCGACGCCAUAGAGGGGGUCACCCACUCUGUUUGUACGCUGGAAUUCAACAUGCACAAUGAACUGUAUGAUUGGUUCAAUGAGAAGGUGGCAAGCUUGCCCGAUGCUCUUCCUCUCUGCCAGCCUCCAAGCUCUGCCCUUCCCAGGCAGCAUGAGUUUGCGCGAUUGGAGAUGACGCAUAUCGUUGUCUCGAAGAGGAAGCUAAAGCGUUUGGUGGAGGGCGGCUACGUGGAGGGCUGGGACGACCCGCGCAUGCCGACCAUUUCCGGAAUGCGGCGGCGAGGUUACCCCCCUGCUGCACUGCGAAAGCUCUGCGAGCUGAUCGGAGUUACCAAGGUGCCUACGAGUGUGAUCGAGUACACUCUCCUCGAGAACUGCGUUCGAGACGUGCUCCAGGAGCAGGUGUCCGAGAAAUUGCUGUGCGUGCUGCGGCCACUUCAGGUCACCAUCACAAACUGGCCGGAUGGACAGGAGGACGAGCUGAUUGAGGUGCCCGGUGGCGACUCUGAUUCCAUGCCGCGGCAGAUGCACUUCGGUCGGGACUUGCUCCUGGACAUGGAGGACUUCCAGGAAGAGCCUGAACCCGGCUUCAAGCGCUUGGCGCCGGGCAGACAGGUCAAGCUUCGAUAUGGAUACGUCAUCAAGUGUGACGAGGUGAUUCGUGGGCCAGAUGGCGAAAUCCAAGAGCUGCGGUGCUCGUACGAUCCCGACUCCCUCGGAAAGAGGCCACCGAAGAAGGUCGCGGUGGUCCACUGGGCACAUAAAACCCUGUCGACACCCGUCACCGUCAGGAUGUACGACAAGCUGUUCAGUGAGCCAAGACCAGAGGAGGCAGGCGACUUCCUGGAUGCCUUGAACCCCAAUUCAUGCGAAGUGCUAGCAAGUGCCCGAUGUGAGCCGAGUGUUGCUGGCAUGGUGGAGAAGCACAAGGAGAGUGGGGAGGACAUUUUCCGGGUUCAGUUCGAGCGGUGCGGCUUCUUCGCGAUGGACCCCAAGGCUUCUUCGGACGGCCUCGUAUUCAACUGCACGGUGGCACAAAGGAGCGACUUCGGAAAGGCAAAGCAAGUUCGUGGAAAGGCCUCAAAGAAAAAGGCCGCCGCCUAG